AUGGCGGUGGCAAACAUUCUCGCUGAAGACCCUAGCAGCUACAGUCGUCUGCUUGUAUGGGCUGCUUUACUUAUCACUAUCGUUGCCAUACCCACCGCAUUUGUCAUCGUCUACAAUAUCUACCUGAGUCCCCUCAGCUCUUAUCCUGGCCCAAAGGCCUCAGCUGCGACUUCGAUCCCAUACUUGAAAGCUCUUGUUUCAGGAAAGUCAUGCGAAUAUGUCUAUGAGCUGCACAAGAAAUACGGCGAUGUCGUGCGAAUAUCGCCCAACGAGUUAUCAUACACCAGCUCCCAAGCUUGGAAAGAUAUCCAUACACAUCGCCCUGGACAAGCGUAUCCAGACAAGGAACCCGCCUUCUAUGUACACCCUCCCAACGGUGUUCCAUCUCUUUUCUCGUCCAAUAAUUUCUAUCACACACGCUUGCGUCGCCCAUUGGCCCAUGCGUUCUCCGAAAAGGCUCUCCGAGACCAGGACGCUCUGAUCAAAAUUUACAUCGACACCUUGGUCGAAGGAUUGAGAGAUAAAGCAACCAAGGGUGAGACCGUUGAUGCUUGUGCCUGGUUAAACUGGACCACGUUUGAUCUCACGGGAGAGCUUUCAUUUGGCGAGCCGUUCGACUGCCUCAAGAAGCAACGGUUUGAUCCAUGGGUCGAAAUUAUCUUCGACACAGUUCGAGCCACAGCUAUUAUGGGUGGCCUUAGGCGAUAUCCCGGCCUGCAAAAAUUGAUCGAAUUCUUUGUCCCUGCUGCACAGAAGGAGUUGCCUGCGAGGCACCAGAAAAUGACGGAUGACAAAGUGGCUCGCCGUCUAGCCAACACUACUGACCGACAAGAUUUCAUGACCCCAUUGCUAAAGAAUAAAGGACAUCAAGAACCUCUGACUACAGCGGAGCUGAGCAGUGAGAUGUUUUCUGUCAUUGUUGCCGGAUCGGAAACGACAGCUACGGCACUGUCUGCAACUCUCUAUUUUCUGGCAAGGAAUCGCGACAAGCUCAAAAAGCUUCAGAAAGAGAUCCGUGGUGCAUUUGAAUCCGAGGACGAGAUUAACAUGCUUUCCACCAACUCGCUUGAGUAUACGACGGCUGUAUUAGAGGAAUCUAUGCGUGUAUAUCCGCCCGUGCCUAUUGGGAUGCCUCGAGUUAUCCCGAAGGGCGGCCUCACAGUUCUGGACAAGCAUCUUCCAGCCGGAACUAUAGUGUCGGUCCAUCAGUACUCAAGCAAUCACUCUCCGAAGUACUGGAAGGAUCCUGAGAGAUUCAUCCCUGAACGUUGGAUGGGUGAUCCCAAUUAUGCUGAUGACGACCGCCGAAUCUUCCAGCCGUUCUCAACCGGAGCCCGGAACUGCAUCGGCCAAAACUUGGCAUACGCUGAAAUGCGUAGCAUCCUCGCUAGGCUGAUGUAUAACUUCGAUGUCAUGCUGGAUGACGAGAAUCAUAACUGGCUUAGUGGUCAGAAGACUUAUUUUAUUUGGGAAAAAGGUCCUCUCAUGAUGAGAUUUAUCAAUGCAUAG